AUGCAUCGUCUUUUUGCUGAGCUGGAGCCAUCUUUAACCGUCACAGAGCAAAACCUGGCAGACCGAGUUCGGUAUAUCUUGCGCUCAAAUAUAUUUGAUGUCGCCGAACUCGAACGGCUACGACGUGAGGCUGUUCCCUCGUCGGAUGAGAAUACUACGGCUGAGGAUGCGGCGCCACAAAUGGUAGAGCAACCCGCAAACGUGGAUGCCGCCGUGAAUACCCCAGUUGUGGUUGAUUCAAACGAUGAUGGAACAGUCGCCCAGGAACUGGAAUUAGAGCAUAUGAGGAGUACAUUGGAAGAGGCGAUUGUGGAAACGCGCAGUACGCCUCUCGAAAAUCGACCGCGACUUCCCCGCAUAGCCCUAAGCAAGCGGAAUCGGGCUGUCGUGAGGGCUCUGAACCCAAUGCUGGUGACCUAUUUGGAAGCCAGCCGGGACCUUUGCGAGACGGACUCAAUUCUUUUUGGCACCGCGCUGGCAGUCUGCCGUAUCAUAGGCGCCAAGGUUUCCACGGCUGGACGCGCUACUGGCCAUAGUAGCGCUAUCCCAGCAUGGAGAAGAAGAAUUGAGGAACGUAUCGCAAAGGCUAGAGCUCUCAUCGGCAGACUGAUAUGCUUCAGCCGGAUAUAA